AUGCAGCUCCAGGCCUCCUUCUCCUUUUUUCUGAUCCUCACCUUCUGCCAAGAGCUUUGCUCAGAACCAAGAAAAGUGCCCAGGAAGUCCUUACUGCCUGUGUGCAAACUUCCUAUGAAAAGAGGCAACUGCCGAGCCAUCUUCACAAGAUGGUUCUAUGACAGCUAUGCCGAGAGGUGCGAGCAGUUCUACUAUGGCGGCUGCAGAGGCAACAAAAACAACUUUCUGAACAAAGAGCAGUGUGAGAUAGUCUGCAGAGGCACCUGA